UCUUCGGAAAGAAAAGCAUUCUGGGUAAAAUAGGCAGAAAUACAACUCUAGAAAUGGGAAAAACGUGUAAACUUUAAGUGCAUUUAAUAAGCUAGUAAUCCAUAACUGUGCUGCUUUUAGAGACAUGUCGCUCAUCUGCGUUUGAAACCCGUAUUUGCUUGUGCGGCCAUGGCGUUUCCUCUGCCCAAACUUCAGGCUCCUCAGCUUCCUCAGCAUCUGCUAAGGACGAUAGAGUGUCAGCAGGGAGCUGUCAGAGCUGUUCGCUUCAACGCUGACGGAAACUAUCUGCUGUCGUGUGGCAGCGAUAAAUCACUGAAGCUGUGGAGUGUGGGCAGUGGUACUCUGCUGAAGACGUACGCUGGCCAUGGAUACGAUGUUCUGGACGCUGAUGGUUCCUAUGACAACAGCCACAUCUGUUCCUGCAGCUCAGACAAGUCUGUGAUCUUGUGGGACGUUGCCACAGGCCAGAUCACACGCAAACUCAGAGGACAUGCUGGGAAAGUAAACUGUGUACAAUUCAAUGAAGAGGCAACUGUUAUCCUCUCUGGAUCCAUUGAUGGGACAGUUAGGUGCUGGGACACCAGAUCCAGGAAGUAUGAUCCAAUUCAAAUUCUGGACGAGGCAACGGACGGCGUCAGCAGUUUGAAGGUGGUGCAACAUGAACUGCUCAGUGGAUCAGUGGAUGGCAGAGUGAGACGUUACGAUCUGAGGAUGGGCCAGCUGCACGUGGACUGCAUUGGCAGUCCCAUCACCUGUGUGUGUUUCACUCAGGAUGGUCAGUGUUCCCUGAGCUCCAGCCUGGAUUCAACAGUCCGGCUGCUGGACAAGAGCACGGGGGAGAUGCUGGGAGAGUAUACCGGCCACAAGAUGAAGGGCUACAAGCUGGACUGCUGUCUGUCCAGUAAGGACACACACGUCCUGAGCUGCUCUGAGGAUGGACAUGUCUACUGCUGGGACCUGGUGGAGGGGUCGUUGUCCUUAAAGCUGCCUGUGGGGAAAGCGGCCGUCCAGUCGUUGUCCUUCCAUCCCACUGAGGCCUGUCUCCUCACGUCCAUGGAGGGCCGUGUCCAGGUGUGGGCAGCAGAGCCACAGGAGACGGAGAGUGACUCCAAGUAGAGUUCAGACUCGGGGCUGACAUCCAUUCCUGCGGCCGACAGCUUCUCCACCUUGUGCCAUCGGUGUGAGUUGUCCAGAAAGGCCAUGUCCUCGUGGUGCGUGGCCCUGCAGCAGGGAGAGUCGUGCCACUGCUGCCCGGGUGCAGGGUGAGUGAGCAGGCCGCUGAGCAGCAGGUUGGAGAGCGUCAGGUCGUGGUUGGAGAGGACGCGGGGACAAGUCCCGCUGCAGUACUUGAAAAGGAUGCUCUCAUCUGAAUCGUAGCCUAAACCAAGGUCUCGGACCUGCAGCAGUACGGAGCGCAAGCUGCAGUGAGAUUCCACGGUGGAGCGGCGAGACCGGACGUGGUUGGGAGUGAUGGCAGCGGUCGACGGCUGAGCUCCAGAAGCUUCUGUCUCAUCUGGAUAUGGACGUUUUUUGUCCUCCUGUGUGUAUGGAGAUGCCGCUUCAGGUUUUUGAUCUAAAAAGAAAAAAAAAAGGAGAAGGAGACAGUCUUACAUCUGA